ACCCACCGCUUCAACCCCCUCUUCUCGACCCCUCCUCCAGUGGACACUUUCUCUCUCAUCCGACGAGAACCGCUUCUCUUUCUCUCUCUAACUCCUGCUAUAGCACCUGCUUCCAGAGAUAUUUAUCACUUUAAAGGGUUUCAUCAGCUUGAUCUUUGAAAAGGAGGAUAAAGGAGAGAGAAGAUGGUGUCCGAUGCUAGCAAGAAGAAGGCAGCUGCCAAGAAGGCUGCUGCUGCCGCGAAGCGAGGAGGUAAGUCUGGGGCUGGGGCAUCAAAGGCUGCCGAGGCUCAGAAUGGAGUUGAUAAGUUGGCCAAUGGAGUUGGUGGGAUUCAUUUAUCUGAUCGCACUUGCACUGGAGUUCUUUGUUCACACCCCCUAUCCCGAGAUAUCCAUAUAGAAUCCUUAUCUGUUACCUUCCACGGCCACGAUCUCAUAGUUGAUUCCGAAUUGGAGCUCAAUUAUGGAAGGCGCUAUGGUUUGCUUGGGCUGAAUGGCUGUGGAAAGUCCACUCUUUUGGCAGCUAUAGGAUGCAGAGAACUCCCAAUUCCAGAACACAUGGAUAUCUUUCACCUUACAAGGGAGAUCGAGGCUUCUGAUUUGUCGGCAUUAGAAGCGGUUGUCAGCUGUGAUGAAGAAAGACUGAGAUUGGAGAAAGAAGUCGAGACACUAGCUGCACAGGAUGAUGGUGGUGGAGAGGCUCUUGAUCGUAUUUAUGAGCGUCUAGAGGCAAUGGAUGCAUCGACGGCUGAGAAGCGUGCAGCAGAGAUCUUGUAUGGUCUGGGCUUCUCUAAACAGAUGCAGGCCAAGAAGACUAGAGAUUUCUCUGGUGGGUGGCGUAUGAGAAUCGCGUUGGCAAGAGCUUUGUUCAUGAAUCCCACCAUUCUAUUACUAGACGAACCCACAAAUCAUCUUGAUCUAGAAGCAUGUGUUUGGUUGGAGGAGACACUAAAGAACUUUGAUCGCAUCCUGGUGGUGGUCUCCCACUCACAGGACUUCCUCAAUGGGGUGUGCACCAACAUCAUCCACAUGCAGAACAAGAAGCUGAAGCUCUACACUGGUAACUACGAUCAAUACGUUCAAACGCGCCAAGAGCUCGAGGAGAACCAGAUGAAGCAAUACAGGUGGGAGCAGGAGCAGAUUGCCUCCAUGAAAGAGUACAUUGCUCGUUUUGGUCAUGGUUCUGCAAAGCUCGCACGCCAAGCUCAAAGCAAGGAGAAAACCCUUGCGAAAAUGGAGCGUGGUGGUCUCACUGAGAAGGUGGUGAGGGAUAAAGUCUUGGUCUUUCGCUUCACUGAUGUGGGUAAGCUCCCCCCUCCUGUUUUACAGUUCGUUGAAAUUGCCUUUUGGUACACCCCGGAAAACAUCAUAUACAAGAAGCUGGAUUUCGGGGUUGACCUAGACUCGAGGAUCGCUUUGGUGGGUCCUAAUGGGGCAGGGAAGAGCACACUAUUGAAGCUAAUGGCUGGGGAUCUAGAGCCCAAGGAUGGGAUGGUGAGGAGGCAUAACCAUUUGAGAAUUGCUCAAUACCAUCAGCACUUGGCUGAGAAGCUCGACCUUGAAAUGUCCGCUUUGCAGUACAUGAUGAAGGAAUACACGGGCAAUGAGGAGGAGAAGAUGAGGGCAGCCAUUGGAAAAUUCGGGCUUACUGGAAAAGCUCAGGUGAUGCCUAUGAAUAACUUAUCAGAUGGGCAAAGGAGCCGAGUCAUUUUCGCAUGGUUAGCUUGGAGGCAGCCACACCUAUUGUUGCUCGAUGAACCAACUAACCAUUUGGAUAUUGAAACCAUUGAUUCGCUUGCUGAAGCCCUCAAUGAGUGGGAUGGGGGGAUGGUGCUCGUUAGUCACGAUUUCCGUCUCAUCAACCAGGUGGCCAAGGAGAUUUGGGUGUGUGAGAACCAAGUGGUUACAAGGUGGGAGGGUGAUAUCAUGGACUUCAAGAACCAUCUCAAGGCGAAAGCGGAGUUAUGAGCUAGUUUUCGAGUGAGCCCCUGGCCCUAUGAUUUCUAUUACUUAUAUUUCAAUGAUUACCAGAUGCUAGCUAGCUAGCUAUUACGUUGUUGCUUUAGUGUCUACCUAUCUUUUAGAGAACAUAAUGUUUGUAUUUUAGGGAUGCAUGUAACGGGGGCUAGGGUCUUACCUUGAACCGCUGCACUUUUUGGUUUGGGUAGAGUUUUUCACGGCAAAAUUCAUGUUUUAGAUCAUACACACGUAUUCUUUUGACAUGUAUUAAAGUAAAAUACCUAAAUUUGGAUAUGAUACAUGGAGUGUUCUAUUCAUUA